CCGGGGUAAAGUUUCCUUCGGCAGUAUCUUAAUUUCGAAAUAUAGCCUAGAGGAGGGGGAUUCGUCCGAAUUCCUCUUAGCUCGACAAUGGAAAUUCGACAAUGGAAAACGUGACUCGUACGACGAGGUAAACAAUCGAGGUAUAUAACCUUACGUAAUAAUAACACGGCUAAUAAACUUACAACGCAAUACCGUGCCAAUUAUACGGACAACAAGUUCACGCGGUGUCGAGCGAUUGAAAACAACCUCGAUGGCUGACACGAGCCUGCGCGUAAACCGAGCUAAGCUUUUAGUAUAGUCUCUGCGGCGAUACAGCGAGAUCGCGAAUCAUACAUAGAUCCCGUUUCCCUUUUCUCCGUAGCUGUUUGUCGCCGUACGUUUUACGAAGCAGGUAUCUACGCUCUGCGAAACCUUCCCUCGCGUGGUCUUCGUCCAAGCCCUAAACGGUCGGUUAGAGGCGCUCCUAUUUACCAUGUUCCGCGUCGUUUCACGAGUUUUACGACGUUCGCUGUAUCGCUACGAAGACCAUACGGCUGCGCCCGUACGGGUGUACGUGCCCGACGCGACCAGAGAAGCCUAAACGAUGUUUCGUCUAUCCUCUUUCGUUUCUCCUUUCUCGGCUCCGUUCUUUGUCCUCUCGCCUCGUACCCGUCGUCCCAACGUCCCAUCGCCCCCUCGUCCCGUCCUCUCGUCGCGCUCUUUUCCACGCGCGCGCACGCGAGUUCGUGCUCCGUCUUUCUCGCGUAUCGCGUGAUGUCGUACGUGGCCGGUAGCCAUUGUGCGCGCGCAUCUCUUUCCAAAACAACGCACGGCACGACUGCCGGCGUCACUUCCCGUUGUUUAUCUGGCUCUGUUCCUCCGUAACGCGAGUAUAAAUGAUGCUAGAUGUAAACAUCGCGAGUAUUUCAUUCGAAGAUUCGACUCGAUAACGCGUUUCGCUUCGAAUUUUCGUUAAAUCGAAUGGCAUUUUUACCGGCAACGCGGUCUGAAACGCGCGUGAGCGACCAGUGAUUCUCACGCGUCGAGAUACGAGAUGCGCAAAUAAACGCGAUCAAGGUUGAUCUUAUUCGAAGAAUUAACAGAACACCGGUGAUAGAAUAAAAAUCGGAAAAAAUAGGAAUAAUAGGAAAAAUAGGAAAAAUAGGAAAAAUAGGAAAUUGCCGAUAGGACGUUUAACGAUCUUUGUCCGAGCGAGGAAAUUGAAUUCCGUUCAAUCGGUGAACGACACGGGCUCGAGUCGAUCGGAAAUCUCGUGAUCGCAAGUCGUCGUAAAACUUGCAUCAUACGAUUCGAUAAUAACGCGGCGGUGCGGCGUGCAUCAUCGUUCGCUCGUUGCCGCUCGUCGCCGCUCGCGCCAAGAACCGCUGAGUUCGGAGCUACGUGACACGGCGCGCUGUUUCAAAGGGCGUCAACGAAGUCGACCGGCGGUUUACGUAGAAGCAGCGGAAAGACAAGGAGGGUGUCAAGGGGAAGGAGGUUGCACGGACCGUGGAUAUAGACUGAAGGUGGGGGAGUGGCGUCGAUUCGUCGAGAAACAGGCGGCGCAGAGAGCGGUGGGGCUGUUAGUAAGGUUAGUAAGCAGAAGCGGCCAUCUUGGGAGGCUCAGUCGGAAACCAACUGCCGAGCAGUGAGGGAAGGUAAACGAGAAGACCCGAUGCGUUAGCCGAAGGAUUUUUAAUGCGCUUCCGAGCCCGGUUACCGCUACGUGCGAGAGGCUGUGCGAUACCGCAACGGAACAGCGACCAUCCAGAGAUUUUCACGUACGGAGAGAUUCCGGUUUAACCGGCGAGAAGCCUCGGUGCAGGAGAGGAUUCGUGGAAGCGGAGGUAGACGAAAUUUCGUCGGUGGAGGAGUCGCGCAGAGAUUGAAAUUCUCGCGAAGGUUCGUUCGCUGCUGGUGCGUGUAACAUCGUUGGAUCGAACGAAGAACGAGGACAGUGGAAAAUCGCGAUUUUCCGCUAAAGUCGUUCCCGGAAACAAGGAACGGGCUGACGAGUGAAAAAAGCGAACGGUCGAGACGAAAAGAAAGGAAGAGUGCAGUGUCAUAGUCUGUGAUAGUAUUUAUUCGAAAAGAUCCAAACAGCGACGUUGUGCCGCAACGUCGUUCGUCGAUUUGGAUACAUCGCGAGAAUUAGAGGAAGAGAAAGGAGUAGAUAGCCUUUAUAUAUUUAUUUAUAUCUGUGAUACCGACACUGAUAUACGUCGAACUAUCCCGGGAGAGUACGUCGGUAAAGAGAGAGAGGAGGAACGAUCGAGCGAAACGGAAAGAAACGAACAGGCGAAAAUUGUGUAUCGAAUUGGACGAGGUUGGAAAAUCGAGACCGCGGGACAGAAGAUUAUAUCAGUACAUUAGUGGAUAUAGAUGUUUUUGUAAAUACGACUGACUCUUUUUUACAAUUAUCGAUAACGGAGUACGAGAGCGUGUUUCAUCCUUGUUCUUUAAACGAUAAGAGAGAGAGAGAGACAAAGUAAAAGAUUAGAAGAACGAGGUUCGUUUCGACGGGAGAAAAGCUUCGUUUUUUGCUACUUUUCCGAACAUUGAACGAGCAACGUUGUCGCGCCCAAAAAUGGUGGAGAAAAUCCUGGAAGAACGAGAAGACGGAUGUCAGGAGGCCGGAAGAGAAGAUGCAAAAUGCAGGGACACCGUGAGCACGACGACGGGAGAAUCUAUGAGCGCGGUGCAAGCUCGGCAAGAAGAAGCUAGGCGAAAGAGACGCAGGAAGAAGCGCUCUGGUUCGUCCUUGAUGUCUUCUUGUUUCCAAGAACUGUAUAGAUUGACCGGCGAAGUUCUCGGAGAAGGCGCUUACGCCUCGGUUCAGACUUGCAGGUCGCUCUACACCGACUUGGAGUACGCCGUUAAAAUUAUCGACAAAAUUCCCGGGCAUGCACGGGCGCGCGUAUUCAAAGAGGUCGAAACGUUUCAUCAUUGCCAGGGCCAUCCAAACAUCAUCCAGUUGAUCGAGUUCUUCGAAGACGAAGAGAAAUUUUAUCUCGUAUUCGAGAAGGUUAACGGCGGUCAGUUGUUGAGCCGAAUACAAGAAAGGAUUCAUUUCAGCGAACGGGAGGCGAGUCAGAUAGUCCGAGAGAUCGCUAGCGCGCUGAAUUUUCUUCAUAAAAAAGGAAUUGCCCAUCGAGAUUUGAAACCCGAGAACAUCUUGUGCGUGUAUCCGGACAAAUUGACUCCUAUCAAAGUUUGCGAUUUCGAUCUUGGUUCCGGCAUCAAAUUCAACAACUCGUUGUCCAGUCCCGUGGCGACGCCGCAACUUUUGACCCCGGUGGGCAGUGCCGAUUUCAUGGCACCGGAAGUCGUCGAAGCGUUCAUCGGGGAAGCGAAUUACUACGACAAACGUUGCGAUCUGUGGAGUCUCGGUGUUAUCAUGUACAUUCUUCUUUGCGGUUAUCCGCCUUUCUACGGGAACUGCGGUUCCGAUUGCGGCUGGGAAAGAGGAGAGAAUUGUCAAGCUUGUCAGGAACUGCUUUUCACCAGUAUUCAAGAGGGCAGGUACGAAUUUCCGGAUAACGAAUGGAGAUGCAUUUCGGAGGACGCGAAAGAUCUGAUCAGAGGACUGCUGGUCAAAGAAGCCCACCAAAGGUUGAGCGCCGAAAGUAUUCUGAAACAUCCGUGGAUCAAUCCUGGCCCGAGCUCGGUCGAAAACACCGAGAAAUCUCUAACGACUCCUCAUAUCAUCAGGAGGAACAAUUCCGCCAGAGAGCUGUCAGCUUUCGCGGAAUCGGCUAUGGCUGUGAAUCGCGUGGUACUUCAACAUUUCUCCGUGAAUCUCGAAGAACUGGCGGAGAAAAGGGAACCAAGAUUGUCCACGUCGUCCACCGACGACGAUAAUCAUCCUUACGGGCACAUGUCCGAUUCGAGCAGCGAACUGUCCGAGCACAGUAAGCUUUGUCCUACUCAUUCCUCGAACGAGUUCGACGCGAACUCCCGUCAAAAGUUUUGCUCGAUUCGUUCGAGCACGGAUCUAUCCGAUUUGAAGACCAUCGGAAAAAAUCGGCUGAUCGGCAAGGAAACGUCGCUGCAUCAACUGUUCGGUUUAUCACCGCCCAGCGAGAGCCGCUUGAUGCAGCGUCGCUUGAAAGCGCGUUCGGAUCUGCUCGAACGUCAGUCCAACAAAACGGUUAUCGCCUCGCCGAGUGGCUGAAACGCUUUCGACGUCUUCGCCAAACAAACAAAGAUCCUCCUUUCUUGAUAGCGUGCGCGCGUAGCCAUUCGUAUUUACGCGUUCGCGAUCUGUGCGAUUCGAAAGAAACGCGCGUUAUUCGUCGACGAUGUUCGCUUACCGCGACUACCGCGACCGAUCGCGUACCACCGAACAUUCUUUGCAUUGACACAUCGACACAGACGCGAUGGUUGACGAUUCACGAAUUGAUCUUUGGACACGUUUCUCUUUCUGCAUUUUACGGAAUUGCAAGAGAACUCGGGAGGGCGUUAUCUCGUCACGCUUAAUAUUCUCUAUUUCUGUUUCUAUUUCUAUUUCUAUUAGAAAUUCGUUUCGAUUCGAUUCGUUUCUUUUCUUUUCUUUUCUUUUCUUUUCUUUUCCGUUCCUUAUAUUUCAAUUUUUUAACGUUAUCGCUUUUCUUUCUCGUACUCGCGGCCGCCAGUUUUUAAUCUGUUCGCGAAAACGUGCGAAUCGUUGCAUUCGUUACAUUCUUUAUAUGGUAUGAACGAAUACGCGACGCACGUAUAUCGUUUAUCGUUUAUCGUUUAUCGUUUAUCGUUUAUCGUUUACCGUUUAUCGUUCGAAUUAUUAUAAUAGCGAGCGUUCGUUCACGCUCGCAUAAUUUUCUCGUUAAAAUUAUUUUAUUCGUAUCUGCCGCUGUACGCGAAACUCGCUAACGCGUGCAUUCCAUCGGUAAUCGACCGCAAAUGUAAAUAUUCGUCCGAUGUUACGAGUUAAUUCAUCGUUAAAUAAUCUUUCUCUACUUUCACUCGUAAUAGUACGUAGAGGCAGAACGGAGCGGGAUAUAUGAAUAUGUUCGUUCGCAUCGAUUUUCUUCGGACGCGUAAUGUAUAUAUCGGAGCGAAAGUCGGUACAAAAUAGAAAAACAAAAGUCGUUACAAAAAAGGUAGAAAACAAAUUUGCCGCGUAAAAUUGCACGAUAAGAAACCGAUUAUAGAACGACGUAAAUAGUUCUUUUCCGAAAACAGUAUUUCCGUAUAAUUCUUUCCGUAGCGUCCAUAUUUUAAACUUUGCAAGAUAUGCAGGUCGAUAGCGUUCACCGACUCGCACUCUAUAUAAACGGACGCGAAGAAAAGUAAAAUGGUCGAGCGUAUUCGAGCGGACGUGUAUUUUCUUUUUUUUUGCUUUCUUUUUUUUUUACCAACUAAUGUAUUCUCUUUUCCUUCUCCUUGCUUUCCGUAAAACGAGAAACAAAUAUGGUAGCACGAACGACGAAAAACGGGCGGAACGUUGAUCGAAACGAGUUUCUCUUCUUUUCUGUUAAUUCGUUUUUCGUUCGGAGAAACAGUCGACCGAAUCGUUGGUCGUUCUUCCGAACCGGAAAUAUGCGAAUAGAACGCUAACGAGAAAAAGAGAGGAGAGUAAAGAGCGUACGCGUCUCUUGGUGCAUGUUACGAAUAGUUUUGCUCAGUAGGUUUUUAAGAAUGUAGUAGAAUGUAAGUUCGAAAAUGUCGCGAGUAAAGUGUAUCCAAGAAAGGAAACGCGGUUCUGUCGAGAGAGGGAGGGAAGAGGGUGAACAAUUACACGACGGCCAUUUUUCUUUUUUCUUUUUUUUUUAUAAAUGUCUCUUUAACAGUAACUUUGUAGAGAGAGUUAGUAUAUAAGGAAAAUACAAAAAACAAAUUAGUUUAACAAAAACGAAAAAAAAAAAAGAAAAAAAAUACAGAAAAAAUUGUACCUGCGUCGUAAGUAAAUAAGAAAAGAAAGAGGGCGAGUGAGUAAAAAUGAGUAAAAGAAAAAGGGAGAGAAAGAGAAACACGGAACGUGCGCGCGCGCGCGAGAGAGAGAGAGAGAGAGAAUGUAUGAGAAAGAGAGAAAAUUUUGAAAAAGCUUGAAAGCGAACAAAAGAGCAAGGAACACGCGCGUUAACGGGAAAAAAAAGUUUUCUCGGCGAAUCUAGAUUACAUAGAAUCAUCCGUUAAUUGCUGUUACGUAUUUUUCUAGAGUUUUAUCGAUAAAAUGUCAUUUUAUCGCGUCUGUCCACCUAACGGUAGUAGCAAUCGCUUUCGUUAUUCGACUUGGUUCGAUUCGCUUCGCUUUAUAUUUUUCCUUUAUCGUUUCCUUGGCCUAAUCGCGUGUAUCUCUGGCUUCGUCCGAAGGUACAUUCGAUCGAUGUAUAUUCCGGUUUCUUUUGUUACGAAAUACAAAACCGUCAAGGUUUUAAAUUCCGACCAUAGUUGGAAAAUUGAUUUUUCCUUUCUUUUUUUCUUCUUCCUUUUCUUCUUUUCAAUUUUUGUUUAUAUUCUCGCUUUAAAACAGUUUUGGUACAACGAACCAAAGAGCGUAGGUGGUGUAAUCACAGUUACGCAACUUUUAUGUGCUUUUCAAAACGUGUUUUUCUACUUGAAUAUUUUUUUCCUCUAUUUAUUUGUGUUUGCCUACUGUGCGGUCGGACAGGCAUCUUACUCAGGGCAGUUUACGAUGAGCUGCAAGUUUGUUAACGAAUUACAUCCUAUUUACUAUUCGCGUUCGAAGAGAAAUAUGGAGAAAAGAGCUUAUAAACGUGUCCACGCGCGUUCAAAGUCCAUUCAGGGUUAAAACUUAAUCGUUACAUUACGCUUGUUCUUCCUUCUUAUCGUUUAACCCUGAAAAACAAGCGUCGUACAACAGCUUUACACACGACACAAAGCGAUAGGAAACGUAUCGCGUACUCUCGAUGUUACUAUAGUUAAAAGUUUACGCUUCGAAAUAUGAAGAGAAGUCGGAAGAACAAAAUUCCUUUGUUUUACGAGGAAAAUUUUACAGAUAAUUUCGUUUUUGUUCGAACUUUCAUCGCGUCUAUCAAUGAUUCUUGUUUCGAAUCGUCGAUUUCUAACUUGUAGCAUCGAUUACGCGACACACCGCGUACAUCGCGUAUAGGCCCCGAUAAAGCGAAACUUUCCUCCGAAACGUUUACGUUCGACCUUUUCAAAGUCGUUUCGCGAACACGCUAUUUUGCCGUAUACGUAUUUAGUCUUUCCUUCGAGAUAAACGUAGUCGGUCGAUCGUUGCGGUCACCGCUCUCGAGAUUCGUCCAAACGCGAAUUAUUCGAAUUUCAAGGAAAUUCCUACAUAUAUAUUCUGUCUGUCUAUCGGAAGGAAAGAAAAAUAGAUCGUGCCGUAUCGUAUUUUUCAUGAAAAUUUGGAAAUUUGCCACCGCAAAAAAAAAAGUCAACCAAGAGAAUCGUACAAAAAGAAAACAAAAAACGCGUCAUAAUACGUGGCUUACGACGUAGAGACGAAAAAAAGUGUUACGUUAAUUAUACACACAUACACGCAUAUACGCGCAUUGACGCGCGAUCCUUUGAUCGCGAUAGAAAGCGUUUAGGGAUUACGAAAUACGAUAGAAUUCUAUUUAUACGAGUACGAAGAAAGAAACUAAUAAUAAAAACCGAUUUUCACUUGGAUGAAUUUUUUUUUCGAAUUAUUCGAAUUAUUCGAAUUAUUCGAAAGAGCGAAUUCAAGCAUGAACUUCAGUUAUAUGUUCCCAAAAGCGUUCUCAUAAGCGAAGCAGCGUCCAAGCUCAUUGGCUGCGGUUUCACCGAACGAAUAAACAGAGUUCUAUCGUGACCCGCGAUUCCUGGCUUCUUUCAAAAGAUCAAAGAUACGAUAACGACGCGAAGCGACGGAAAGUGACCGUGUUCGUAAAAGAAGCAAACCGAAUGCUUUUCACGUUAUCGUAUCUUUCGAUUUUACGUUUAUUCGAUCCUUACCACACGUUGUCAAAAUUUAUCUUUCGUUUCUGACCGUUUCAAAUUUUAUCGAUGCAUUUUUUUAAUAUUCGAAGCUGUUUUCUCUCCUUUUAAUUACGCUGGCUACUCAGUAUGUAAUAGUUUCAUAAACAAAUUUUGAAUGCAUUUUCAAUCGAUAUCAUCCCUCGUAGAGAGUUACAAGUGUAAGAGUUAGAAUGUUAAAGAGGGAGAGAGAGAGAGAGAGAGAGUGAGUGAGUGAGUGAGAGAAAGAGAGAAAGAAAAAGGGAGAGAGUGAAUGAGAAAUAGCGGUUUCAUUCAAUUUCUGUGUUUUUUAAAAUACCUACUUAUUUGAAAAGCGUCGUCGUUUAUAGCAGCCGAACCGCUGAACAUGUGCGAUGUCGACUAUUUGAACAUAUAGCAGCUCCUCUUUCUCGAGGGAACGUUUUAAACGCGAGGAGAGAAAUACGCGUGUCUGUUUGAGAUAAAUAAGAACGAAAAGAAAACUCCAUGGCCAUAAUACAUAGAUUUAUAAACUGUAAUUACGCGUGUGUGAAGUCUGCGUGUAAAAGGAAUAAAAAAGAAAAUAAAGUAUGCGAGAGAGAAAGCGCGUGCAUGCGUAUACACAGGGUGUUGCGUGAUACGUGGGGAACUCGUCUCGGCGAUAUGCGGCUGUCGUAUUUUCAUUGUUCCGUAACGCGAUUUCGCCUCUAUUUUCUAUAUUUCGUUAUGUUCCAAAUUAUAUUUGACAUACUCGCCUUUAAUAAAACGUACUUGUCUUUAAUCGAUCGGGUAUUAACGCGUGUUAACCACUGCAGCGAAAGUUUACGCGGACACGUACCAUUAUCAAUUUCGUGUCUCGCGUUAUUGGUCGACACGAUAUUAACCGGCUCUUAAAUCUGCUACGAGGUUCUUCGUUUCGCUGCUCCAGCUCGGUUUAUAAUUGGCAGUUACUGAAAUAGAAAAGUAGCCAUAACUUGCGUUCAAGAAACAAGCGUUCUUUUCCCAUCGCGUUUACGUCCUUCCGUGGAUAAUUCGGACACUACGAGUUACGAAACACCUCGUAUAAAUGCGUGCACGUACAUAUGCUUGUACGAAACAAAAUAUUAGCGUUUAAGUGAAAAUAUAAAAAGGAAAAACAUCCUUAAAGUCUGUAAGGUGACGAAACGAGGUAUCGAUGCGCCGUGCAUCGGCGAGAGUCUUCGAUCGUGCUUCGAGUUCCGCUCGUUCGAACAAAUAAAAGAAGAAAAGAAAUCUAAUCAACGGGUUCUUCGAAGCUUCUCGCUCGUGCACGGCCAAACGAUAUCGCUCGUAAAUCUAUCCUGUUUCGGUUAGGAAACGAGAAACGGUGUAUCGCGUGCGUCGAAAACCGAUAGAAGCAGCAUUUUCGCGUUACGUUUUCCAUUUUUCAUCGGAGAAAAACUCUUAAAUAUAAGUAAGAGUGAAUGCUGAAAAAAGUCUGAAAAAAAAA